AUGGUCUUCUCCUUGCAGGCAUCUUUUCUGACAACUAAGCUAACUGGGUCCUGAUAAGCCGGUUUUCUGUUGGUACAGUUAUUUUAUACUAGUGAACUUUGUCAUUUUACAUAUGGCGAAAACUUUAACGGUGCCGUGACAAAGGAAUAGUAGAUUUACUAUUGUUCUCAAUAUCCGCAGAGCAUACGAAGAGAGCAGCUGAGGACAGUGUUGCUUGCCUAAACUGAGGAACAGGAACUGCAUCUGAACUCGAAGAAGUUACCGGUUUCCACCUUUAUAGUAUUCUUUCUGUAGUCAAGUCUCAUGCCUAUAGCUACGACGUUGUUAACCCACGCUGAGACGUGGCUGGGUCGUCUGGACUACCUGUUCAAGCCCGGGACUGUGGUGCUGGGCGCCGCAGCCGCUUUUCUGUGCUACCGGUGGAGAAGUAAAGGCGAGACCCCCAUUCUUGUCUGUAAUGAUGGCUUCAGGGAGUUCCUGGAAAGACGUUGUCCGGCAGUAAAAGAGCGGUACUGUCCCACACCAUGGUGCUGGGGUGGAAGACUGCAGACCCUUGUGAGGGUUGUCAUCAAGUCAAGCCCACAUGUCACCUACAGAAAUGAACUGAUUAAAACAUUAGACGGAGGCCAGAUUUCUCUUGACUGGGUAGAUAAUUCAGAAAGUAUACACUAUCCCAACUCCACCACCCGUCCAACAGUUUUGAUCCUUCCAGGGCUCACUGGGAAUAGUAGCCAAACAUAUGUUCUUCACGCUGUGAGUCAAGCAACCCGCCAUGGCUACAGAGUAGUUGUUUUUAAUAACAGAGGAUUUGGAGGGGAAGAACUUCUGACUCCAGUCACUUUUUGUGCAGCUAAUACCUCAGAUUUAGAACAUGUGGUUUCACAUAUCAAACAACAGCUUCCUCAGACCCCUCUCAUGGCUGCAGGUGUUUCACUUGGUGGGAUUUUGCUGCUGAAUUAUCUUGCUCGAAUGGGCAGAAAAUCAGGAUUGUUGGCAGCAUUCACUGUAUCAGUGAGUUGGAAUACUGUGGAAUCCUGUGCUUCCUUGGAGAAGCCACUAAACAAAAUCCUCUUUAAUUAUCACCUUGCUUCUAACCUUUGCCAGGCUAUAACAAGACACAGAAAAGUCCUGGAGCCAGUUAUUGAUGUGGACUACAUUCUUAAGUCUCGCACGAUCCGAGAAUUUGAUGAGCGAUACACUUCAGUAAUGUUUGGCUACAAGACUUGUAAAGAUUAUUAUCACGAUGCUAGCCCUUUCUACAAGCUCCCCUCGACUACUAUCCCUGUGUUAUGUCUCAAUGCUGCAGAUGACCCAUUCUCUCCAGAGCACACCAUUCCUGUGGAAUCUGCUCGACGGUUGCCCAAUGUGGCAUUGGUCAUCACAGCUCGUGGUGGUCACGUUGGCUUCUUGGAAGGCUUCUUCCCACAAGGAGAAAGUUAUAUGGAUCGUCUGUUUGGGCAGUUUAUUUGGGCGGUGUUUGAACAUGGGAAGGAUCUGGCAGAGAUGUGUAUCACCAAAAACUGAAACAUCUGCAUGGCCAUCCAAUGUCCCAACCACUGCCUGUUCACAAUGAUCUUGGUAAUAUGUUUAGCACUUAUAACAAGGGUUAUACAAAAAGUAAGAGGGCCAAAGUGUUAUCAUUAACAAUGGGUAACAAAAUUGAACUUUGUGUUUUGUCACAUGAAUCCGUGUAGGUGAAUCUUACAGUAUAUACAGUUGUACUUGAAUGUUUGUGAACCCUUUAGAAUUUUCUAUAUUUCAGCA